UCUGUUUCCUCUACAAAAGCAUUUGAAUUCAAAGUCUCGACAAAGCUUGCGCAGUUUUAUUGUCAUAACCGGCGCACAGAACAACGCCCAAGCAGCAUUUCCAGAGUUCGACGACCAGGCUGAGUCCCCUCGGUGUCCGGAGCGCUCGAUUCUUAACUUUCAUAAAGAGCACCCUUCUGAUAAUGGAUUGACUGACUCUGCGUAUAAAAUCACACCAUUACAAGCUUAAACUUAUAAUUUCGCAGAGACAUAUUGCAUUUUGUAAUACAGUUUUGGCAAAGUAUACUGUCCGGGAAAGGAGCGGGGCCCAAAUACAGCACCGCGGAUCAGCCGGCAGACUUCGAAGAAGCCAAACUUUAACGGCACGUUCUGAAUUAAUUGGCACACACUGGUGAAUUCUAAGACCACAAAACUGAAAAAAAUGGCAGAACAGAUAUUCAAGCUCACAGAUCCCAGUCUGGACUUGGCUGUUGAAAACACUUCCAAGUCCAUUGACUCGAACAGAAAUGUCACAAUACAAUUAUUGAACUGCUCUUCAACCUUCAUCUUGAGAAACCCAAAGUACUUUUGUUCCAGUGGAUUCAACAUUACUCCACCUCCUAGCAUUCUUCCUAAAGAGACUGCAGCGAUAAUGUGCUUCACCAAAAGGAAAGUGGUGCCCCGUGGAUGUGUUGGCGUCCUGACCUAUGAGCUGGCAAAGGGUGAUGAAGAGAGUACUGUCAGCUGUCUCGCCAUCAUGUUCAGUAAUCCAUACGACUACUUCCUGUACAAUAUCUGGUGCGCUGCUGGAAUAAUUGAGCCUAACCAGGCUUGCGAUGAAGUCUUAUUCCGUCAAAUGUAUGAUGAAAAAGGAGACAACAGGUUCUCCCGAAUGAAGGCCUCCGACAACAUGUCCAUUUACAAUGCAAAAGAUGUCAUCAUAAAAGCAAAAAUUUCAGACAAACGUAAUGCUGUACUUAAAGUGGAAAUGCUAGACAGAAAUUCUUAUUCUUAAAAGAGUCGUAGGCUGUGCUCUUUCAAGAAUGUUUCCAGUUUGAUUAUCCAGUGUUUUAAUAAUCUGAUGAAGCAACCACUGCCGUAAUCAUGUCUGGUUGAUCUAAAAUGUUGCAUUUAUGCAUUUUCUACCAGUUUUUUGCUAAUUCUUAAUUUUAUUUUUAUUAAGCAUUGUUUUUGCUAUGGCUGUUAUGAUCCCACUUUGUAUUGCAUGAUUGCCACCAUUUUCAGUUACUGUGCUAUGGGUGAUGCUAUAUUGUUUGCAGCUCUGCACUAUAAACUACAGUCACUAAAAAACGUGGCAGGUCUCACUUUGUUUAAAUUAUUUUUGCUUAGUGGAGAGAAAGCAAAAAUAAACUUCCAUAGGGGAUUUAGUUUUAAAAC